AGCAAGAGAGAAAAACGCGAGACGAGGCUUGAUCGCACAACGGUGGGAAGAAAGCGAACCGGACCGAACACUGCUGGGAACUUUAAUCUGAUUCCUCAGAGGAUUUGUUUUCUCUCGCCUGAUUGAGGACUGCGCGUUUCAUACAAACCGGAGUUAUUACAGUUAGACAUCAUCGGUUCGGUUCACCUUGCCGCCGGCCAGGUCACUGCGAGAGACUGCGAGACCGGGAUCCACAGACCCCGCUGCCGGGACAAGCGCUGCGUGUGUCCGCAGACAGACGCCCAGCACCAGCGUUCACAACUUAAAACGUCAUACUGUUUCCCCGUGAAAAUGACUGUUAUGUGAGUCCCUUAAAGGCUUUUAAAUAACAUACUUAAAUAAUAGCUAUAAAAGGGAAUCUAAUUACAAUUUGGAAACUACUUUAACACCAUUUUUUCUGAGAAGUUCUACAUUAAAGAGACACAAGAUUUAUUCCUGUUACAGUUCCAACAAUUUCUAGAACUACUAUUAUUAUUAUUAUUAUUAUUAUUAUUAUUAUUACAUCCUGUUCCAUAGCUUGUCAUUUUUUAAAUAUUUCAAUUUAAGUGACACAAAGAUUCACAAUGGCUCUUUGCUGGUAUCACCAUUGUAUUUGCUGACGUUGGACCUUGUUUUGGGACUGAAAGGAAGCCGUCUCAUAGUCAGAGCACCAUGCGUUGCUAUACUGGCUCUGUCACCGCCGGGUCAAUCUUACCAAGUGAAACUGACACGGGGAGGGAAGGCCAACCCCACAUAAUGCCUCAUCGUCUUAUCCCGUCCUGAAACACAAACUCUUGCUUCAUACGGUGGAGGGAAUGGGCAACUCGUCUCGAAAAGAGUCAGAGGAAGAAGGUGGUGAGAAGAAGGGAGAUAAGGAGGAAGUAGCGGAGAAAAAGGUGAAAAAAGAGGAGGUAUUUGAGGACGAAGAGCUGCCGCUCGUUGUCGCUAAACUCUUGGCAAGUGGAGACCCGGUGUUGGACUUGAGUUACUACAAGUUCCGCCGGCUUCCUCGUCAAGUCUCGGAUCUGCAACAUCUGGAGAAGCUCUACGUAUGUGGAAACCGCCUUCGCGACAUCCCCAAGCGUAUCGUGCAGCUGCAGGGCUUGCGCACCUUGGCGCUCGAUUUCAAUAAGCUUGAUGACAUCCCGUUGUCGGUGUGCCAGCUGACCAAUCUCACCUGUCUCUACCUGGGCAGCAAUCGGUUGAUGAGUUUGCCUCCAGAAAUGAGGAACCUUCAGAGCUUACGCUGCCUUUGGGUUGAAAGUAACUACAUCCAGCGAUUCCCCAAGCAGUUAUAUGACCUUCCUCAUCUACGCUCAUUGCAAUUCGGGGACAACCGACUAUGCUCGCUGCCUUCGGACUUAUGGCGCAUGGAGGCCUUGCGAGGACUCUGGCUGUACGGAAACCGCUUCCAGGAGUUUCCACGCGUGCUCCUCAAGAUGGAGCAACUGGAGAUCCUGGAUUUAGACCAUAAUCGGAUAUCGGAGUUCCCCAACUUGCAUCAUCUUCCGGCGCUGCAGCUCUUCUCCUAUGACCACAACCCUGUCAAGGAGCCGCCACAUGUAGGGGAGGAGGUGAUAAUUGUUGGCGAAGGGGCUGAGGAUGUCCUACAGGCUAGAGACAGAAGGAAAGAGGCAAAAGAGCGUGCAGAGAAGGAGGCGGAGGAGGUGGCGGCCGCGGCUGCAGCGGCAGCUAACCCCGUUAUUCACGGAAUACUUAAGAAACUUCGAAUGAGCUCCGCUCUUAACCUAGCAGCCGCUAAGGAGAAAGAAACAAAUGGCGCAAUUCCAUCAUCAGCCACAGAGGGCGAUGAAGAUGAACUACAUAGUAAAGAUGAAUGGUCAGAGUUUGAGAGACAAGGUGUGGCACUUGAUGAGCUUGGGUAUGAGGAGGAGGGCCAAGGGUAUGAAUGGGAGGAGCUAAUAUAUGAGGGGGAGGGCUAUGAAGGGUAUGAAGGGGCAGGGUUAGAGUAUGAAAGAGCAGAAAUGGAUUAUGAAUAUGAAGGGGAGGAGCUGGAGGAACACGCACAAAGGGGAGGAGCUUGAUAUUUGAACGUCUUCAAUUAGUUUUUGGAGCUUACUGUUUAGCGAUAUGGACUGUUAGACAAAGGUUGCAGGUUCAACCCCAAGUUAAGAUGAACUGGAGCGUUACAGAGAGAUAUUGGGCCCAUAUAAAUGUACUUAAAGGAAUAGUUUUAAAGCACUAAAUUUAACACAGUGUUACAAGUUUUGCCUUUGAAUUUGGAUGUUAUGCAUUUGAAUGACUGUCAAUUAGUAACGAAAUGUUUCAAAUACACAUUAAGUCUGUAAGUUAUGAAAUGGCAUCACUCAAAGCCCACAAAUCAAAGGCGAAGUGUGUAAUUUCUACAUGACAACAACACCAAACUGAAUUGCAAUUUGUAAGUUUGAGCGGGCCAAUUGAGACGGGACUAUCUGUUUUUCCAAACGAUGGCAGAAGCGGCAAUUGUUUGAAAGAGUAAAUAAUAUUGCAAUUCUGUUGGGUGCCACUAGUGAUGCAGAAAUGUCACAUUUCUUUGUUAAAUGUUGAGUUUGCUACAGAAAUAUGAAGACAGAAGACAGUGUUGCUAUUAUAAGAAAGCAGUUAUUGUUGGGCUGACCUGGCUGCGAUCCUCAAACACAGGUCUUACUUUAGUAAUUGCAGGGUUUAACGAUUUAAUAAUUCUCAUUCUGAACAAUCAAGUAUGUAGACCUGUGAAACUGCACACAUUUGAUGCAUCAAAACUUUGUUACUGUGUGCUGUGUACUUUUAAUUAAGAGCAGGGCUCUGACAUUUUUUGUUUGUUUAGUGUGUGCAACUUUACCCCCGACAUGGGUGUACUGUUUAUAAGAAACUUGAUACUGCAAUUGCAGUGAUGUGUGUUGGUGAAACCAAAUGUUCUCUUAUUAAAUAAGCAAUGAGUU